AUGGCAAGAACAAUGAGUUACAAAGCUGUCGCUUAUCAAAUUGGCGUCGCUAUCACGAAGACUAAAACUGAAGUGAAUUUAAGAGACAUUAAAGAAAAUAUCACAAACAGCAACGCUGCCUGCAAACUCCCCGUUCUAGAUCCGUUUCAUUCUAGCGUAAUUCACUUUAUGAAAGAUCUUGGAAAAUUGCGCUGCAGCGGUGUGAGUUAUUCAAGCUUCGAAAACAACGUGCUUCGGGUUGAAGGAGAAGGCGUCGUUUCGGUACAGUACAGAAAAAUUGAAAGGACUCCAAGGAACGAUUUUGGUGUCGUGCUUUCUGAUCCGGUGAACGUUCAAAGCACGGGCGGAAGUCGUGUAGCUGCCAAGAUACCUAAAGACCUCUACAAUAACCUCGUGCAUAACUCCCGCGUUCUAACAUCGCCAUUUGAUGUUUAUGCCACCUUACGCCACAUCUUGUCAUACCCACAAUACCCCAGCGAGAUUAUAACCGGUCAAAGCUUGUUUACCCGGAUUGACGAGAGAAAUCGCACUUGUGCUAGCGCUGGCGUAGAAGAUCAUUGGUGUCCAUGCCUUGAUUUGGAACCCGUGUCAAUUGAUGAGCCGGCAGUUAAAAAAUCAGCGGCAGCUGUACUAGAAUAUAUCAACAAUCUGACGUCACAAGGUGAUGAACUAUCAAAGUUGUGUCAGCGGUUGAUUUUGAAGGAGAUAAAGACCGCGUUCCGUGAGAUGCCAAAAGAAGCCAUGCAAAGGUUUCAAGACACGAAGCACGGCACAACUGAUGCGUGCGACAAUUGUGAAAUAGUUUUGGGAGAUAAAGCGGAGAACACUCUUGUUAGAGACACAUUGUAUCAGCUUCAGAUUCUUACAUCUCCGAAUGAGGGAUUUUAUGAGGCCUCUGUUAAAAUGAACAACGGUGUUCCUUCAAUUGUAGGGGACCUCAGUCGAAUUGACGCUUACAAAGACCAGCCAUAUUGUAUAAUGGAAACCUAUCCUCUUUUACGAAAAUUUUGUUAUUGUUCACCGAAAUCUUUUGCCCAAAAACAAUGAAAAACUUCUUUUUCACUUUUGUUCAAAACCCACGCCAUGGGGUGCUAAAGCUCCAUCGCAAGAAAUUGAAUGUCAUCACUGGACUCGGAUUAAAAACUAUGCGACAGUAGAUGAGCUUAUCUUUUGUAGCGGGUAAGCACUGCGUUUAAAGUUUAUUAUUUCAGAUGGUGUAAUUUAUGAUGAAUAUGAACAUUUAUACUUACUUACUAGCUCAGAUCGUGGGAGGCGCGUUGGCCUCAUGGUUAGUGCGCUCGUUUCCGGAUCAAGCGGUCCGGGUUCGAGCCCCGGCCGGGGACAUUGUGUUCUGUUCUUUGGCAAGACACUUUACUCUCACAGUGCCUUUCUCCACCCAGGUACACCUGCGCGUGAAACAAGUUGUUCGAAAGUUAGGCAAACUUCUGUUUUCAGGUUACUUUCCAUAGAUUCAGCCAUUUUGUAGAUUGAGCAACACUCAAACAUUCGCGACCAGAGAUUGUUGGCAAGGCCGACUUACAAAUCGCUCUUGGCUCCGCACAUCGCUUUCCAAGCGCUUUUUCAACUCUUUCUUAAACCGUGCGUUUUCUUUCGGCUUCCUACUGAAGUUUUCGAGCCACGUUUCUCAUCUCCAUCGGGCAGAGGCUCGUCUGCGUACGCCGUACCAGCGAAUCGUUUCUUAUUUUUGGAUUCAGAAGCACACACGAUCCUCCAUUCACGACAUUUUACACAUACAAAUAGGAAAUAACGUUCGAUUGCUCGCCUUUUAUCAGUCGCAUUGUAAGCCCGUCAAGCUUUCGGAUCAGAGGCGAAGGUAUACUAAAGAAAUUUAAAAGGUAAAAAACGCGGUGGCCUCAUGGUUAGUGCGCUCGUCUGCGGAGUGAGCGGUCCGGCCGGGGUUGAGUUCUGGCCAGAACAUUGUGUUGUGUUCUUAGGCAACACAAUUUACUCACACAGUGCCUCUCUCCACCCAGGUGUUUAAAUGA